GCUGACCCCCGCCGUGCCAUGGCGCUCGAGCCUCUUCAAGGAAGGCUUCCACUUCCUCGGCCUUGGUGACCGCGACAAGCUUGCAUCCGCACACCACUAGAUGGCGAAAUCAUCUACAGCAAGAAACAGACGUGUGCUGCAUCCCCGAGCACGGGCGGAGGCUGCGUCGAGCAUCACCCCGGUUACCUGUCCAUCCGCAUGCCAAGGAGUCGAGGCUGCCGGCUCCACGCUCAUUCUCACCUGGAUUCCGAACGCCACGCUAAAGCGCAACCCCCACAGUAUCGAUGCCCAUACCCCUGGCGGAUCUCCCCUGCGCAGCCUCGUCGGGGUCAGCCCGUCGGGGUCGCCGAGGCUGUCUCGCUGCGACAGCGCCGCGUCACGAGUGUCGGUGAAUAGCGAGCCAGGCAAGGAGUUGACAUCACCGGACCAGGAAUACAGGAGUCUGGACAGCUGGGCGUCUGUCACUGUGCCGUGCAGUGCGCGCCGGGGAUGCCCACGUAACAGCAGGGACUGCACGAAGAGCAUCACGUCGCAGGCAGACUCCGGCAUCGGAGCCGAGGAUCUGCCGAAGAUGGUGUUGACGGUUGCCAGCGGCGACGCGAAUGGCACGAACAUCAGCCCCGACACCGAGUCCUCACAGAGCAGCGGCAUUCACGAGGAAGCACCCCCUGGUGGUGCGACCGCGCAGCCGACGAUCGCUCGCGGCGGCGGUGCGCUGACGGACAGAUGCAACGGUUAUGGCGAGAACGAACGAGAGGCGCUGAUCCACAACGGAGAUAAGACGGACGCGUGCUCGGCCGCGACCCCUGACCCCGGUGCGCAGUCGCCGACGUCGUCACGAAUCGAACAACAUCGCCAAAACCAACAACAACAACAACAACAACACCAACAACAACAACAACAACAAAAACAACAACAACAGCAACAGUCGAACGUGCCUGAAAUCUGUGAAAGUGCCACCGAUCAUCCGGCUAACGGCCGCGUUGAUGACACAGGAGCGCCCCCUGAUGGUGAUGCCAUCAAUGCCAAUGGAGCGCCCCCUGAUGGUGAUGCCCUCAAUGCCAAUGGAGCGCCCCCUGAUUGCGACACCAUCAAUUCCAAUGGAGCGACCCCUGGUGGCGAUGCCAUCAAUGCCAACGGAGCGCCUCCUGGUGGUAAUGUCGCAAACUACGCGAGCGUGCUCAAGGAGGUGCGCAAGGAGACGAAGCGACUCAUCCUGAACCUCGAGAUGGACGCCGACAAUAACUCCGCCGCCGCCCAGCAGAUGGCGCUCACGCCCGACAUCGAGAUCAGUCCGGAGACGGACGAAUCCGACGACGACGACGACGACGGCACGGACAGCUCGUCGACGCGGACGAGCCACGGGCCUGACUCGCUGCCGCCGUCCCUGCCCGACUCGCCGGUGAUGUCCUACCUGAAGCGCAACCCGAUCCUGCAGGACAACCCGGAGAGCAUCGCGCUCUCGCAGAGCCUCGGCAGCAGCUUCCACGAGGCCGGCGGCGGCGGCGGCGCGCACUUCUCACAGUACAGCCCGGGUAACCGGACGCCGCGCGAGCACGCGCUCGGCGUGUUCUCCGUCAACCUGCGGCAGAUGAAGUCCCUUCGUCUGUUCUUCAACAACGAUGAGGGCACGUGUGGUCAGCUGGUCAUCGCUAGCAGGGAGAGCCAGUACAAGAUCUUCCACUUCCACCGCGGCGGCCUCGACCGAGUCGUCGAAGUGUUCGAGGAGUGGAACUUCAUCGACAAGGCCAAGGAGAAGAUACACGACUACAGCAUGGCCAGUGAGAGCUGGCCUGCCAGGCGUGGGAGUGGAGGCGUAACGAUGACAUGCCACCCUGGCAGCUACAGCUACACAUUCCACCGCGAAUCCAAGCGGAGGUCGUCGUCGGAGAGACGGCAGCGGAUGUCCGGCGAACCCCCUCCGGUAAAUUCCGAGGAUGUCUUCCGGAAACCAGACGUCUGCGGUGAGCUGAGUCAUCGACGGUGCUCCCGAUCGCCAGGAUGCUCCGGGACGUCCGGAGACAGCCGCAAAGAACAGGAGUCGUUUACGGAAGAGCAGCAGGAGACGUUCUGGAGGCAAAUCCAGUGUACAGUGGACAAAGAUGUUGUUAGAACCGACCGCUCAAACCCCUUCUUUAAGGGUGAGAACAACCCAAACCUCGAGAUAAUGAGGAACAUCCUGCUGAACUAUGCGGUGUAUAACCCGCGCAUGGGAUACACGCAGGGCAUGUCUGACCUGCUAGCCCCCGUACUCAGAGCGGUGCACAGCGAAUCCGACACGUUCUGGUGUUUCGUCGGCCUCAUGCAGGGCACCAUCUUCGUGAGUUCGCCCAAAGACACUGACAUCGACAAGCAAUUGAGCUACUUGAGAGAACUGCUGCGAGAGAUGCAGUCGCCGUUAUACGAUCACCUCAGCCGUCAGAGCAACGCCCUUGAGUUGCUCUUCACGCAUCGCUGGAUUCUUCUCUGUUUCAAACGUGAAUUCCAGGAGCCGGACGCCCUGCGUAUGUGGGAGGCGUGCUGGGCACACUAUCAGACCGACUACUUCCAUCUGUUCAUCUGUGUGGCGAUCAUCGCCAUCUAUGGGCAGGAUAUCAUAACGCUGGACAUGCCGUCUGAUGAGAUGCUGCUACACUUCAGCAGCCUCGCGAUGCACAUGCGUGGUGACGUCGUGCUACAGAAGGCGCGAGGUCUGCUGCACCAGUACAGGCAGCUGCAGCGUAUUCCCUGCACGCUGCACGGUCUCUGCGACCUGUGCGGACCAGGCAUGUGGGACUCCGGUUUCUGCCCCGUCGUCGAAUGCCUCGGUGGCCACGCCGACGUAGGAGCGUGUCCCCACGGUGGCAUGCUACCCUCACAGCUACAUCACGGGCAGUAGUGGUCCCUGUGUGGUAGGAGCGUGUCCCCACGGUGGCAUCGUGUCGUCCCAGCUACAUGAC